UCUCCAUCUCUCUCUCUCUCUCUCCUCCUUUAUUGCUGUGUUCUUACUGAUUACUUUCCCAAGGCCAAGGACUAUCUCCUUUGAAUUCAUGACGGACAAAGGUCAGCCAUUGCCAAAGUUUGGUGAAUGGGAUGUCAAUGAUCCUGCCUCGGCUGAUGGUUUUACUGUGAUUUUUAAUAAGGCUAGAGAUGAGAAAAAGGCAGGUGGCAAACCGGACUCGCCAACAAAGGGGGAUAAUAUUAAACAAGGAGUGGAUCCUGGAAAGCCUCCGGCUAAAAAAUGGUUUUGUUGCAUGCAAACACCCGAUGCAGCUUGACAAGGUCCGCCCCUCUCCCAUGUAAGAGCUGUAAUAGAAGAUCAUGCUCAUCUGUAAGUGACUCCAUUAAAGUAGGGGAGCUGUGAUGGGUCAUCCUGGAAUCCAUUUUGUGUGUUGUAAAUCUGCAAUGAGGGAAAAAAAAAACAUUGUUGUAUGUAUUUUGUACCGUGGGUUAUUAGGAGCUGAGUUGUCUCUUUCAUUUCUUGUGGUAUGAGCUGUAGAGCCUGUCUGACAUUUUGCCCCCUUAUGUAUCAAUGAUGUGAUUUUUGUUU